AUGCGGCUGGUGGUGGUCCUUGGUGGGCUGCUGCUCCUGUGUGGCCUGGUUUCUGUCUGCAUGAGAUGCUGUUUUCAUUGCCGUCAGGCAGGGGAGGAAUCGGGCCCUCAGCCCUACGAGGUCACCGUCAUUGCUUUUGAUCAUGACAGCACCCUCCAGAGCACCAUUACCUCUCUCCAUUCUGUGUUUGGGCCUGCUGCCAGGAGGAUAUUAGCGGUGGCACACUCCCAUAGCGCUGCACAGGGAACACCACCCCUCUCAGCACCAGACACUCCUCCAGUCUACGAAGAAGCUCUGCACAUGAGCAGAUUCACAGUCGCCAAGACAGGGCAGAAAGUGCCAGACCUGGAUCCAGUGCCGGAGGAAAAACUGCAGGCAUCUGCUGAGGGCAAGGAUGCCCAGCCACCCCUCCCAGGACACUAGUGCCUGUUUUUACUGAAUGGCAAAUAAUGCAGAAUAGUUACAUGCAGACACUAAUUCUUCUGAGCAGGCUUAGGAAUAUCAGAUUAACCUCCUCAGUCUAAUGAGAAAGGGAAAAAAACAGAGACUAAGAUAGUUUCAGAUCCCGCAUAUUUUGACGGCUCCUUUUGACACCUCCUUGAGUUAAUCAACAAUUGGCCUUCCCCGUGUCCAUUUAUUAAGCACACACA